CGUACUGACAACAUUGUAACAAAUACAAACAUCAAUAUUAUGACAUUAUUUUUGUGCCUAAGUUUCGCGGAUCGGCGGAUUGAUGAUUUAUCUAGAACCGCAGUUCAACGAUUAUUCCAUUAGUCGUGAUAGUUGCUGUGGUUAGUAAGGAAAGAAAUAUUUCUGAAUUAAAAACUACUCAAAAUUCAACGUUACUAUGUCAGCGGCACAGUACUGUGUUAGUUGGGACUCGUAUAAAAAUAAUGUCUCAAAUGGCUUGUCUCGAUUACAACAGAAUGGUGAAUUUGUUGAUAUGACUUUAGCAGCAGAAGGGCAUCUGGUGAAAGUCCAUCGUAACAUAGUAGCACUUGCAAGCCCUUAUAUUAAAGCCAUGAUACAGUCUGCAGAAUGCCCUCAUCCAGUUUUAUUUUUAAAUAAUAUAAGCCAUAAAACACUUGCAUACAUAUUGGAAUACAUAUAUAUUGGCGAAGUAAAGGUAUCAAAUGAUGAUAUUGCUUCAUUUAUUGAUACCUGUAAAUCAUUAGGCAUAGCAGGUGUUGAAAAUUUUGUUAUUCCGAAGAAAAAUGUUAGGAGAAAAAUUUGCGAAGAACCUAGUAUACAACAAGAGGCAAUGGCACAACAAGACUCAAAGUCCCAAGUAGAGCUUCAGACAGAAACAUCAUUAGACGUAUUGCUCAAGACACAAGCAGAUUUACUUCUAGAACGACAGAGUAAGCAAAUGAUCCCAGAGACCCAACAAGAGACAUUGCCAGAUUUACCUGUUGAGGUAUUGUCAGAUUCACCAAUAGAGGUAUGUCCAUAUUCAGGAUUUAAUGAUGAACCUCAAACAGAACUUGAGCGAGAACCUGAAUCACAAUUGAAAGUAAUAUCAGAGUCAGAACAAUUAGUAUUGCCACAAGCAUUGACAGAUUCACAGCAAGAAAUAUUGUCAAAGCUGGAAAAUAUUUUGCCAUCACCAGACUUGGGCACAGUGACUGAACCACAAUCACAAGAUAUAUUGACAGAGUCACAAUUAGAUAAAAUGCCUGUGAUAAAUUUAGAAGCAAUACCACAGCUACUGCCAGGGUCACUUAUAAAUUCCCUGGACACAGGACCUACAAAACAAUCCACAUCAUUGCUAGAGACCCAACCAAAAGAUCUGCCAGAACUACUACAGCAUGAAAUAGAAAGGGUUAAGGAUCCACCUGAGAAUAAUUUUGCAGCACAUAUUACUAUAAACAAUGAUAAUAACUAUAACUUGGAAUUUAAGCAAAUUGAACACAAUAUACCAUCAAAUAAAACUUGCCCCAUUAUGACUGUCGAUAAUUUUGUCGUCAAUUAUAACAACUCGUUUUGCGAAGUUGAUGAUAAUGCCACAGCCAAUUUACAACCGCAACCACUCAGUUUGGAUGCAAUAGAUAAUAUGAACUUGGACCCCACUGAUACUCCAGUCAAUAAUAAAAGAAACAUUGAAACUAAUACUCAUGAGACUGAAAUAAAGCAAAAUUUAUGUUUCAACCUUGGCGUAGGAACUGUAAAUCAGAAGAAACAAGUAUUAAGUAAAGUAGAAAGAGACAAAAUUGUACAUUACACUGUUUCAAAUCGAGGUUCACUGCAAUUAAUGUUGAACUGCUACAUUUAUUGCUGUCAUCACCAUUCAUGCGGCGGUAUUAAACGACGGUGGCGAUGCGCAGAUUAUCGAAAACUGCAUUGUCCUGCACUCAUCGAUACUGAAAACGAUGAAAUAAUAAAUAGGUCAGACCAACAUAAUCACGCUUCACACGAUUCGAAAAUACUUAGGAAAUUCAAAUCAAAGUUAAUAUUUACUUCUGUUGUACAAGCUGAAGAAACAUGUAAGGCUCUUAGAGUCAAUGAAGCAAAAGCUGCAGAACCCGAAUACUUUAAGCCUAAAACAAAACGUCGCAAAUUUAUUGCCUAGAUAAAUUAGACAGUAGACCCAAGUAAACCCAAGGUAGAGUUUACUAACUAUUAUGGCCGUGCGAAGAAUCCUAUGGGUCCUGGUAUGCAUAAGUUGGAAUAAAACAUAUCAUUUUAAAGAAGUUCUGAUAUUUUUUUUUAUAUAUUUAUUAGUCAGUUUGAGCUUCUGAUUAUGUGUUGUAAUGAUUUAGUUAAUUUAUGUGAUGUUCCGUAUUUCAAUAAAUAUCUCCUGACUGA